AUGAGGAACCCUAUUCCCAAGAUGUCUCUGCUGACUGUUUUUAUACAGCUUCUGGUUUUUUUGCGAGUUGCAACAGCUGAUGGCCAACUUGUUUGCUUACCUUCAGGUGACAGCACCCAAGGUUUUCGCGCGCGCCUCUACUCUUAUAAGAUACACGACCUUACUGCUGCGUAUGACCGCCAAUACCUAUUGUCUGAUUACAAAACAAAGGCUUCCUUGCUAAAGGAGUGGUAUGGGGUCACUGAUCCAAACUUCGGUACUUCGGGCGCUAGCGCCGGCUUGUAUUACGGAGAUUUAUACGGCCAGACCGUCACGCUAUCGAAUUUCACCUUGGAGCUGCUUGGUUAUUUCAAAGCUCCGCAGUCGGGCACUUACACUUUGACAAAUGGUGGUAUGGAUGACGGCGGUCUCAUUCUCUUUGACAACAAAGGUGCUUUCCAAUGCUGCAAUUCAGAUGUUGUGUCUAGUAACCAGUCAGACAUCACAAUAGACUCUUUUGCUAGCAAUCAGGCCGCACAAUCCGUUAAAGUCGAUCUUACUGAGGGAUUCUAUUAUCCUUUCCGCAUAUCAUAUGCCAACGCACAGGGAAACAGAAAACUGCAAGUUCUCAUGACUUAUCCCGAUGGAAUUGUGCAUAACACUUUCGAAGAUGUGUCUUAUUUCAGCGACUCUAAGUCAGAUCAGUCGUGUGAUGCUAUUUUGACAACAGUUACUUACACAGGAACUUCAACCUUAACUUCAACAAAUUCGGGAGGCCCCACAAAAACAAUCGUUGUCAGUGUUCCAUUUUCCACCAGUACAAGCACCUGGACGGGUUCAGAUUCUUCGACUUCAUAUCUCACUGGUACUCAGGGCUCAACCACAGGCGUCGAAGUUUUUGUCCCUACUCCUGCCACCGUAACAAGCACCUCGAGAUGGACAGGUAGUGCUACCUCGACUUCGUAUGUCACGAAUUCCGCGAAUUCUACAACGGAAGUAGUAGUGUACAUUCCAACGCCUACAGCUACUAAGGCCUGGACUGGACAAGCUUCUUCAACUUCAUACUUGACAAACUCUCAAGGUGCCACCACCGAAGUGUAUGUGUUAACGCCCACUACAAAAGCAUCCACAACCGUUAAAACUUGGACCGGGACCAAUAACCUCAUCACACCUUUGACAAACUCUGCCGGCCAGACUACAGUAGUUGAGAUUUUGGUCCCAGCUCAAACGAGCACAACGACAUGGACCGGCUCCACUCCUCAAACUUCUGUCUUCUCUAAUUCUGCAGGCGAUAUAACCGGAGUUGAAGUUUACCUCCCGGUCACUAAGCAGAAUAAAACCUCGGCAACUCCUUGGACUGGCAGCGUCACCACCACGUAUUCCACUUCGCUUUUCACCACAACCGGCACGGACAACGAGGUGACCAUCGACACGUUGUACUAUGUUAGAACACCGGUCGGAACCACUACUGUGUACACCGGCGGUUCCUUUUCAGCAACCUCUACAUAUUCAACUGGUCGUACUACAUUUACGGGAUCGGACGGUCAGCCAACAGUCGACACUGUUUACUACGUGAGAACUCCUAAUGCAGUCACCACUGCAUACACUGGUGGUAACGUUACUGCUGCAACCACAUAUUCUACUGGUGCUACGACUUUCACUGGGUCUGAUGGAAAGCCAACGACGGAAACUGUAUAUUUUGUCGAAACCCCAGCCGUUGUUAGAACGGAAUACACUGCUGGUAGUGUAACCGCUGCGACCACCUACUCUACUGGUGCAACCACAUUCACUGGCUCCGAUGGUGAGCCUAUUACUGCAACCGUCUACUAUGUCGAGACACCAGCUGCAGUCACCACCGCUUACACGGCUGGCAACGUUUCGGAUGCGACCACCUACUCCACUGGUGCCACCACGUUCACUGGAUCUGAUGGCGAACCUACUACUGCAACAGUCUACUUUGUCGAAACCCCAGCCGUUGUUAGAACGGAAUACACUGCUGGUAGUGUAACCGCUGCGACCACCUACUCUACUGGUGCAACCACAUUCACUGGCUCCGAUGGUGAGCCUAUUACUGCAACCGUCUACUAUGUCGAGACACCAGCUGCAGUCACCACCGCUUACACGGCUGGCAACGUUUCGGAUGCGACCACCUACUCCACUGGUGCUACCACGUUCACUGGAUCUGACGGCGAACCUACUACUGCAACAGUCUACUACGUCGAGACACCAGCUGCAGUCACCACCGCUUACAGUGCUGGAAGCGUGUCCGCUGAUACAACCUACUCUACUGGUGCCACCACAUUCACUGGAUCUGAUGGUAAGGCAACAACCCAGACUAUCUACUACGUCGAGACACCAGCUGCAGUAACCACCGCUUACACUGCUGACAAUGUUUCAGCUGCAACCACCUUCUCCACCGGUGCUACCACGUUCACUGGAUCCGACGGCAAGCCAACAACUCAGACUAUCUACUAUGUCGAGACACCAGCUGCAGUAACCACCGCUUACAGCGCUGGUAGUGUAACCGCUGCGACCACCUACUCUACCGGUGCUACCACGUUCACUGGAUCUGAUGGCAAGCCAACAACUCAGACUAUUUACUAUGUCGAGACACCAGCAGCAGUCACCACCGCUUACAGCGCUGGUAGUGUUUCAGCUGCGACCACCUUCUCCACUGGUGCCACUACAUUCACCGGAUCUGACGGCAAGCCUACUACUCAAACCGUGUACUAUGUCGAGACACCAGCUGCAGUAACCACCGCUUACACUGCUGGCAAUGUUUCAGCUGCAACCACCUUCUCCACUGGUGCUACCACGUUCACUGGAUCUGACGGCAAGCCAACAACUCAGACUAUCUACUAUGUCGAGACACCAGCUGCAGUCACCACCGCUUACAGUGCCGGAAGCGUGUCCGCUGAUACAACCUACUCUACUGGUGCCACCACAUUCACUGGAUCUGAUGGUAAGCCAACAACCCAGACUAUCUACUACGUGGAAACACCAGCUGCAGUAACCACCGCUUACACGGCUGGCAAUGUUUCAGCUGCAACCACCUUCUCCACUGGUGCCACCACGUUCACUGGAUCUGAUGGUAAGCCUACUACUCAAACCGUGUACUAUGUCGAGACACCAGCCGCAGUAACCACCGCUUACAGCGCUGGUAGUGUAACCGCUGCGACCACCUACUCUACUGGUGCCACCACGUUCACUGGAUCUGAUGGUAAGCCAACUACUCAGACUAUCUACUAUGUCGAGACACCAGCUGCAGUCACCACCGCUUACAGCGCUGGCAGUGUAACCGCUGCGACCACCUACUCUACUGGUGCCACCACGUUCACUGGAUCUGAUGGUAAGCCAUCUACUCAGACUAUCUACUAUGUCGAGACACCAGCUGCAGUUACCACCGCUUACAGCGCUGGUAGUGUUUCAGUUGCUACUACCUACUCCACUGGUGCCACUACAUUCACUGGAUCUGAUGGUAAGCCAAGUACUCAAAUCGUGUACUUUGUUGAAACACCAGCUGCAGUAACCACCGCUUACACGGCUGGCAGUGUAUCGGUAGCAACCACGUAUUCUACUGGUGCCACCACAUUCACUGGAUCUGAUGGUAAGCCAAGUACUCAAAUCGUGUACUUUGUUGAAACACCAGCUGCAGUCACCACCGCUUACAGCGCUGGCAGUGUUUCAGUUGCUACUACCUACUCCACUGGUGCUACCACGUUCACUGGAUCUGACGGCAAGCCAACUACUCAAACCGUGUACUAUGUCGAGACACCAGCUGCAGUCACCACCGCUUACAGCGCUGGUAGUGUUUCAGUUGCUACUACCUUCUCUACUGGUGCCACCACUUUCACUGGAUCUGACGGCAAGCCAACUACUCAAACCGUAUACUAUGUUGAGACACCAUCUAGUGGCUCUGACGUGUACACACCAUGGACCGGUAGCUUCACUUCUACCUACUCCACUGCUUUGAGCACUUACACUGGAUCCGAUGGCAAGCCAACGACCCAGACUGUAUACUAUGUUGAGACUCCAUCGAGCGGCUCUGACGUGUACACACCAUGGACCGGCAGCUUCACAUCCACGUACUCCACUGCUUUGAGCACCUACACUGGAUCUGACGGCAAGCCAACAACCCAAACCGUCUACUACGUAGAGACACCGGCUUUGGAGUCCUCUGUGUUCACAAGAUGGACUGGUCACUUCACCAGCACAUACUCGACCAGUUUUGCGACUUUUACCGACUCAGAUGGUCUUGCUCAUACGCAAACGGUAUACUACAUCGAAACUCCGGUAGCUGCGUUUUACGGCAACUCAUCUAGUUACACCGGCCCAACGCGCUCUCCAGGAAGCACAAUGAAACCAGUUACAUCAUCUGGUUUGCCGGCAAUUACAAAAUCCAGCGCCACCACUAGCCACACAUUGUCGCCUUCUUUCGUUCCCUCAUUAUCCAGUUCCCAACCAGGUUCGGUUAUGAGCAGUUCAACUGGUUCUGCCCCUAACUCUUUGAGUCCCGGUUUUGGUUCAGGUUCUUCAUCGAGUUCCUUAACUCCUAGUUAUUCAUUGUCAGGAUCCAGUGCUAAUGUUGUCCCAACUUCGGGCUCGAACUCUGGCUCUGGUACCAACCCUGGUUCCAACUCUGGGUCCAACUCUGGUUCUGGCUCCAACCCUGGUUCCAGCUCUGGAUCUGGCUCUAGCUCCGGCCCUGGCGCCAACUCUGGUUCCGGCUCUGGUUCCAACUCUGGUUCCGGCUUUGGUUCUGGCUCCGGAUCUGGCUCUGGUUCCAACUCUGGGUCCAACUCUGGUUCUGGCUCUGGUUCUGGCUCCGGAUCUGGCUCUGGUUCCAACUCUGGUUCCAACUCUGGUUCCAACUCUGGUUCCAACUCUGGUUCCAACUCUGGUUCUGGCUCUGGCUCCGGCUCUACUUCCAAGCUAUCACAAGCAACAACGAUUGUUCCCGAAACUGAAGCUUCAAGUUCCGCGGUCAGUACUUCUUCUACCAGAGCUGGGUCCACAGACUCGCCAAAAGUUUCGAUCUAUGACGGCGCGGCCAGCAGGAUUGGCUUCAGCCUCUUAUUCAUGCUGCCUUUAGCCCUCAUCUAA